GGCUUUUCGUUCAUUCGCUUGUGACAUCGGCAUCGGCGAGAAGUUCAGGUCGAAUGUAGACGAGAGGUGUUAUCCGCCGACAUUAGAGGAAUCCUGCGUUAAAUAAAGUUUCAUCAAGAUGAAUUCGGGUAUGCCCGAGCUGGGCAGUAAAAUCAGCUUAAUAUCGAAAGCUGAUAUUCGUUAUGAAGGCCGUCUAUUUACCGUGGACCCCCAGGAAUGUACUAUUGCGCUGGCUAGCGUUCGCUCCUUUGGAACUGAGGAAAGAGAGACGAAGUACCCAGUUCCUGCUCAGAAUCAGGUCUACGAUUAUAUCCUCUUCAGAGGAUCAGACAUUAAGGACAUCAGAGUAGUGAAUACUCAGCCUCUCAAUGAUCCUGCCAUCGUCCAGCUUUCAGUUCCACCAAGCCUUGGUGGUUCAGCCAACUUCCCUGGUCAACCCUUCCCUCAUCCUGUACUGGGACACAUCGGGGGACCUGGACCACUUGGUCCCUACCCUCAGUCAAUGGGACCCAUGGGCGAUCUCAUCAGUGGCUCACGCUCAUCAACACCAGGGUUACUUGCACGCAAGUCUCCGACCAUGGAUGCUGGUGUUCAGUGCUCGCAGCCUAAGGAGGACAAGAAACCUCAGAACCGUGCUGUGCAACCACCCAACAGAGAUGGAAGGCCCAACCAAAACCGUGACAGGCGAGGUGGUGAUUAUGAGCAGAGGCCUCAGUUCCGGAAUUACAGGGAUCCCCAGCAACAGCAUAGGGAGCAGAAUGAUUACCAUGAUAGAAAUCAGAGAGGCCAGCAGAACCGUGGCGGCGGGGGUUGGGUGAACAACAGGGGGAUGGUUCGCACGAGAGGGCGUGGUCGAGGCGGGCCAAACCAGAACUUCCAGCGAGCCCCUGGACAACAGACUCAGCAGCAACAAGGACAGCAGCAGCAAUCUGCAGCUGGCAAUAAUGCACAGGCCCAGAAGAAAACUUUGAAGUUCGAGGGAGAUUAUGACUUUGAACAGGCCAAUACCCAAUUUGAAGAGCUGCGCAGCAAACUGGCAAAGGCCAAACUGGAUGCUGACCAGGCCCAGAUCAAGGUGAAUGGAGAAGCUAGUAGUGAGAAGAAAGACGAUUCUGGUAAUGAAACUGGUGUGGAAAUCACUGAACCAGAAGAAGAAAAUGAUACUUUCUAUGAUAAGGCCAAGUCCUUCUUUGAUAAUAUCAGCUGUGAAGCUGUGGAGCGGAGUAAAGGACGUUCCCAACGGACUGACUGGAGGGUUGAGCGGAAACUUAACUCUGAGACCUUUGGUGUUGCUUCUGCGAGGCGCGGAGCGUACCGAGGCAGAGGCUACUACCGCGGUGGUAUGGGAGGUGGCCAAUACCGAGGGGGCUACCGUGGAAACUACAGAGGAAACAGGGGCGGUUAUAACCAACGAUCAAACCAAGGAAAUCCUAACUCAACGCCUGCCAAUGUACAACCCCAACCUGCAGGGAAGUAAGACCUUCAAGUGCACCCAGGACUGCUUACUAGGAUUUUUUUUCUUAAUUUGCCGGUGGCAUAUCAAGAGGAAACGGGGCCAAGGAUGUUUUUAUUUGCGUAUUUGACUGACAUUUUCCGUGCACUUGAUGAAGUAAGCAGGAUUGACAACAAGUGGAAUGAAUUGAAUUGUAUCCAAUCAUGGAAGAGUAGGGCGGUGCAAGUGGAGAAGUGAGGUUGGUCCUCUAAUGUCGGCUCCUUUGAGUUUUUUAGUUUGAGAUAUUCCUCUUAUUUAUGGGUCUAAGCAGUCAACCUGGGUGUCAGUACGUAAUGUAUUACAAAAUGGUAAAAUUCGAGGGUCUCAGGUACAGUAGACUGUCCAGGCUUGUGGAAAGAUCUGAAGAUUCAUGUAUAUUGGUGUGAUUUGUGCCUGACAAAAAUUUCAUUGAAGCGUCUCAUUCAAAAGUUGUUGAUGUCGUUUAUGUACCUGUUGGCAUGGUAUUUAAUUUUUUGUCCUUGCCUAUCUGUUAGCAACUGCCUACCUGCACUUUAAUCAAUAUUUGUAUUUAAAGACUUUAGGUAGGGCAAUUCUGUAUGUAAACCUGUCAUUCUAGAAUCCCUGUACAGAUCAAAUUUAUUUAGGCCAAAGACGUUGUGCUUGAUGUGAGUUAGAGGGAGAAUUUUAUGUUUUUGUUAACAAAUGGAAGUUUUUUAAGACCACCAGACAGGAACUAUAUGAAAUUGGAAAUAGCUGUUGGAAUGUAUGAAGACUACAUUUUUGCUUGUAGAUGCAAGGAAUGUUUCAUGUAGAUAUAUUUUGUUAUUUUUUUAUGUGCAUCAUGGUUUUUGUGACACCCAAGUGGUGACAAUCGGAAUGGAAUGGUUUCAUUUUUUUUGAUUAAUUUAUGCCAGUCAGCAUGUCGAACCGUGAUGGCUAGACGCACAGUGUGAUACUUAAACGAACUAUUGUAAUUGUAGAUUUUGCUAUAGACUGGCACUUGGCUCAUCUUUAGUUCAUUAAACAUAUUAGCAUGAAAGACUAAAUAAAAGAACAAUUGUCAUUACAUGUAAUGCUUGUUUAAUCCCUUCCAUGUUUCUUAGCUCUAACUUUCAUUUGUAACUGUCAUUCACUCAAAAUUUGUGACUGAUCUCUAAUUGUCAGUGGGAAUUAGAAUUAAUCAAAGUGCUGUCUUACCUGUCCUUUUUAUUGUAGAUCAGAUUAUUGAUGGAAUAUUGUAAACUUUGGACUAGAAAUUGUGCAUAUGGAAGUUUAGUAUCUCUUUUUUUAGAUAUAGUAUAUCUUGAGCAUGUGCUUGUACAUCUCAAGUCUUAUUUUCAUAUCGACUUCGACUUUCUGGAUCAGUUUGACUGAAAUGUGCCACAUGUAUGUGUUACCUUAUGAUUUUCUAAUGCAUUGUGAAGGUCUUGAAUAUUUGUGGGAGGGAAUAAUGAAAUGAAGGUUUAUAUUGUGAAGUUACAAGGUCGAGAUCUAGUGUUAAUUAUGAAUUUGUGGUCUUUCUGUUUUAGCAGGAAUAAUCCAUACUUGCACUUGUGCCUAGACAACGUGCAAAUAUUGCCUGCAAUUAGUUGGCUGCUUUUUUUAUGCUGUAAUUGGCAGGAGUCAGGAGUGGUGGAUGUAAUUCUGCUAAAUUUUAAUGUUUAUUAGCCUUCUGACCUCAACUAUUUUUGGGCUGUGGUGUGUGGAAUGUACGCUCUUGAAAUGACAUGCCCUAGCUCUGGUACAAGAGUUAACUUGCAUUCAUGUGACGGAGUAUUGUUCAGCUGAUAAAUUGUGGGCAAAGGAAGGUGAUCUCAUUGUCAGCUAUUUUUGGAGAAUUGUUAAUUCAAGGUUUUGAGCCUGUCCGCGUUGAAGUUUGUGCUAUUUGGCGUAUUAUGAAGUUGAACUUGGAGCACUCAUAAGUCUACCUCGCAUAUGGCACAUUAGCACUGGGAUUUCCAAUCAAGUAUUGUACCUCUUAUCUGUCCAUGUAGUGCUGUCAUUUAGGUAAUGCUGGAGUCCACUUGUUGGGCAUAUGUGUUGAUCAAUCAACGACGUUAUCUGAUUAAGAUGAUGUCACAUUUCGGCCAUCAAUAAAGAAAUUGUCUGAAUCAAAAA